AUGAUGGGCAUGAGCGCCAAGCCGCCGUUCGGCAUGCACCCGGCCCUGCAGGAAGCCAAGUACCCGGCCCUGCACGCCGGCUCGGAGGCCAUGCGCCGCGUGUGCCUCCCGGCGCCGCAGCUGCAGGGCAAUAUAUUCGGCGGCUUCGACGAGAGCCUGCUGGCCCGGGCGGAAGCGCUGGCGGCGGCGGACCUGGCCGCCCACGGCAAGAGCCACCACCCCCACCACCCCUUCAAGCCCGACGCCACCUACCACACCAUGAGCAGCGUGGCCUGCCCCGCCGCCCCCUCGCCCGCCGCCCACCCACACCCCCACCCCGGGGUGGCGCACCUGGACGGCGACCUGCUGGAGCACCUCUCGCCCGCCCUGCUGGGGGGGCCCGAGCCCGGCGCCGUCCUGGCGGCCCAGCUCCACCCGCACGCCCCCCACCCCCACCUGGGGGCCGCCAUGGGCCACCUGCACCCGGCCCUGGGCGGCCUGGGGCACCCCCCGCCCGUCCAGGCGGCGGCGGCGGCGGCCCCCCACGGCGGGCUGGCCUGCCUGGGGGACGCGGCGUCGGACCCGCGGGAGCUGGAGGCCUUCGCCGAGCGCUUCAAGCAGCGGCGCAUCAAGCUGGGGGUCACCCAGGCCGACGUGGGCGCGGCGCUGGCCGAGCUGAAGAUCCCCGGCGUGGGCUCGCUCAGCCAGAGCACCAUCUGCCGCUUCGAGUCGCUCACCCUCUCGCACAACAACAUGACCGCCCUGCAGCCCGUCCUGCACGCCUGGCUCGAGGAGGCCGAGGCCGCCUGCCGGGAGCGGGGCGCCAAGGCCGAGCUCUUCGACGGCGCCGCCGGCGGCGGGGGGGCCGAGCGCAAGCGCAAGCGCACCUCCAUCGCCGCCCCGGAGAAGCGCUCCCUCGAAGCCUACUUCGCCCUCCAGCCCCGGCCCUCCUCCGACAAGAUCGCCGCCAUCGCCGAGAAGCUGGACCUCAAGAAGAACGUGGUGCGCGUCUGGUUCUGCAACCAGCGGCAGAAGCAGAAGCGCAUGAAGUACGCCGCCGGCCACUGA